CACAAUGCUAGCAUCUCGAUUCCGCGUCUCCUCGUUGUACCUGCGAAAUACCCGGCCAAUAUCCUCAACGAGGGGCCUCAAUGACUUUCACUUCGAUACCCACCAUUUCGUCCAGCGGCUGGAACGCGAGGGACUGAACCGUGCCCAGGCAGAAGGUAUCAUGUCUGCCAUGGCUGAAGUCAUUGACGAGAGUAUUCGGAACAUGACGGCCAACAUGGUCACCAAGGCAGAGCAGGAGAAGCAUCAAUACACGCAACAAGUCGAUUUCGCGCAGAUGAAGUCCGAGCUCCAACUUAUGGAGAAGAACGACAUCGCCAUGAUCAAAGCGGAAAACGACCGUCUUGCUGCUGAUAUUGAGAAGCUGAAGCAGAGGUUGCGGGAGGAGAUCAUGCGGACUCAGGCUGGUGUUCGGCUGGAUUUGAACUUGGAGAAAGGCCGGAUGCGGGAGGAGAGCAGCGGUCAGGAGUUGAAAAUCAAGGAGGUGGACACGAGGAUUGAGCAAGAGAUUGCUGGGCUGCGGACGUCGAUACAGUCUUCCAAGGCUGUCACCCUGCAAUACCUCGUCGGUUUCGUUACUGGUGGUGCUGCUCUCCUCAUGGCAUAUCUUCGGUUCCGGUCAUAAUCUUCUACUUCUCGGUCAUCAUUUCACACUCAUUUGCACGAUACGUACGCCCUAAUAAUCGUCCCAUUAAGAUCCAAGCAUGCAUAACCACAUCAUCUGUACACUUAAUCCCAUUUACCCUCCUUCUUGA